AUGCGCAAUACGCAAGAGCUCAUGAAGGCCAAGGAGCAGCAGCUCGCAGUCGCCCAAGACAACGCCACACGGUCAGCGCUCAUUUGUGUAACCAAUUGGACACGGGCUGAUGUUUGUGUGCUCGAUGAAUUCAUGAGCGCAGGUCACAGAGGGAGAAGGCGGCUGCCCAGCAGCUGACCGUCACCGCCCAGCAGGAGACCGCCGGUCUCAAAAGGUACGUCCCCACGUGCUCAACCUGCCCUUUUCCGGUUUCUUGUGUUGUGCAGAGCAAGGGAGGCAGAUGCAAAGGCCAAUCGGCAGGAGGUGUUGAAGUGAGCCAAGCCCCUGACACUGAGACAGACCUUUGUGUGUGUCUCCCAUGUGUGAGUCACUGCGUUGUCUGCUGCCCGUCCAUCAGGCUGCAGGCGGACCUCCGCACACUCACCCACGAGAACAAAGGCCUGGCUGCCGAGAAGCACAAGAAGGAGGAGGAGCUCAAGACUAAGCAGCGGUAAGCAAACGUCACGUCACGUCAGUUAGUCUCCUGUCGAUUGGUCUCUCGCUGGGUUUGUGCGCGUGCAGCGACUUUACUGAGAGGGAGACAUCCCUCAAACAAGAAGUCGAGCAGCUGCGCAAACACCAGAUUGAGGGGUAAGUACGUGCUCACACAGUCGACCUGUUGUCUCUAUGUCUCUCGAUCAUUUGGGGAUCUAUGCAUGCAGGCUGACGGCUGAGCUGGCCGGGCUGCAGACCACCGAGGAGCUGAGUGAAUUUUGUGAGCGGCUUGCGGACAUUCACGAGCAACAAAUAAAGGACCUGGUCAAAGUCCAAAAGCUCAACAAGAAGGCAACGAAGGCGCUGCAAAGGAAGAAGGAGCAGGAGGCACGAAGUCAGGGGGAAGCGGACAGAACGAAGUGCAUCAUUUGCCAAAGCAGGGACUGCAACACCAUGAUAGUGCCAUGCGGCCACGUCUGCGCAUGCCGCGGCUGCGCGAAUACCCUCGUGCGCCGGGGGAGCGCACAGAAUCCGGCUACAUGCCCUAUGUGCCGCGAGAUCAUUGGACGUGUGGUCAGGGCCAUUAUCUCGUAGUGACACAUAGGCAUCUCCCUGACGGGCUGCCUCCCUGACUGACUGACUGACUGGUUGCCUCCCUGGCUUCCCCCCUGACGGACUGACGAGCCAGGUUGGCGGACGGCAAGACGUACCGGGACAUGGUGCUCAGGUGAGACAUGCCCCUCCCACUGAGACAGACCUUUGUGUGUGUGUCUCUCAUGUGUGACUCACAUGGUUGUCUGCUGCCCGUCCACCAGGUUGCAGGCCGAAAUCCGCACACUCACCGACAACAACAACGGCCUCGCAGCCGAGAAGGAGAAGAAGGAGGAGGAGCUCAAGAUCAAGGAGGGGUAAGCAAACAAACGUCAGUUAGUCACCUGUCGAUCGAUCCAUCGCUGGGUAUGUGUUCCUGCAGGGCCUUUGCUGAGAGGGAGACAUCCCUAAAGCAAGAAGUCGCCACGUCAGUCACGGAGGCGCACGGCAACUGGCUGCCUUGUCUCUCUUCGAUGCACACGCCCAUGGGUGUGUGUCUAUCUGUGUUGGUCAUGCAGCGCCACAGAGAAGGCGGACAGGCUGGAGGCCACAUUAGAAGAGGUGCUGCAAAAGGAAGAGGCAAGAGUGGAGGCCGCCCUGUGCGUCAUCUGCCAGGCCGUACCAUACACCACCGUCUUCCCGUGUGGCCACAUGUGUGCCUGUGGGGAGUGCGCGGAGGACUUGAUGCGCAGGCGCAGGAGCUCGAGGCGGUGCCCCAUGUGCCGCGAACAAAUUGGGGAUUACACGACUGUGUAUCAGGCUUGAAUGAGUGAAUGAAUGACUGGCUGGCUCCCCGACUGGCUGCCUGACCGGCUGUAGACUGACUGAUUGAUUGGGUGACUGAUUGAUGGGACGUGAUCGACGUCAGGCUGAGGCUGGAUAGGGGAGAGGGGAUGGAUAUCGUUGGCUACAUUAUAUAUCAGUCUUGUCGUAUUUUGACCAAUGGGCUGUUCUUCCCUACUCGGGGUGACUUGAUUGUGCGUGUGGU